AUGACACAAGGAAAUGAAAAAGCAGAAGCUCCGCCACAGGGCAAAAUUCUCGACUCGCUUCCCACUGGAAUAGCGCCCUAUGCUGAGCUGAUGCGUAUUCAUCGACUGCUGGGGUUCUACCUCAAUACAUCACCCUAUCUUGUGGGCGUUGCAUUUAGCGCCUCCAUCUCAUCAACCAAGAUACCAAUCGCUGUUCUCUUGCACCGCACCAUGCUUCUAUUUAUCUGGUCAAUUUUUCUUAGAAGUGCUGGGUGUGUUUGGGAUGAUCUUAUUGAUAUGGACUUGGAUAGCCAAAUAUCCAGAACCAAAAAUCGACCCAUGCCGCGAGGGGCAGUGUCCCCAACAAAUGCUUUCCUUCUCACUGUGGCUCUCUUUGCCUGUGGAGGCAGUGUUUUGAUAUUCCUUCCAUGGGUCUGCACCGUCGACUGCCUCAUAAUCAUAUUUUUUGCACUAUUAUAUCCCUUCGGCAAGCGAUUCACCGACUACCCUCAGAUUACCUUGAUGAACAUCGGAUGGGCUAUCCCGAUGGCAAUGCACAGCCUCGGGUUAGACCCUCUGUCCCAAAUGAAGCCAACUAUAUGCAUGUUUCUGUUUAUUGGAUCGGUGAUCGUCAUGAUCGAUGUGAUUUACUCGUGCCAGGAUACGGAGGAGGACGUGAAGGCUGGCGUGAAAAGCAUGGCAGUCCGGUUCAGGGACUCUAUUCAAAUCCUAUCAUACUUUCUCCUUUAUGCAUCCACCGGGUUUCUCGCGAUGGCAGGAGUUUUGACUGGACUUGGUUUACCCUUUUUCAUCGUGUCCGUUGGUGGUCAUUUCUGCGGACUCUCGGUUCUCCUUAGGGCGACUCAGCUAGGGAAGGCGUCUGGAGUUGAAUCAUACGCCAAGUCCGCCUUUUUCCUUGCGACUCUGUUUUGGCUGUUGGGAUUUGUGAUUGAAUAUUUCAUGCGUAACUAG